AUUAUUAUUAUUUUUUAAAUUGUUAAACUUGUUUCAUACUUUCAUUUUCGUUUACUUGCUUCAUCCACUGGAUCUAACACCUAUCUUCAACAGGAAUUUAGCCGAGUGAUGCUUUGCGGUUUGCACAUCCGUCGUCAAUGGCGAACCUCAGGCUCCGCGGCUUUGUCUGGUGGAGAAAAUGGGCGAAGAAGGACUUGGCAACCGCGGCCGUUGCAGUCACCAUCUUCAUCUUUGUUUUCAUCCUCAUCUCCUGUUCAUCGAGAAAUGGGACCAGCGUCUCCCAGCCCUUCGAUCGCCCUACCACUGAUCUCGUCGACUUGACGUUGUCGCACGUCGCUAAGGACAGAGGCGCUUGUAAUUAUUCCCUCUUUACAAACCAGAUCAAUUGACUUUGAAUCUUGGAAUGUGUUUGGAUGGGAGUUUGCCAGGGUACCAUUUUCAGAAGGGUUUUGGAUCCGGGGUUAGCAACUGGCUUCUUCACAUAGAGGGUGGAGGUUGGUGCAGCACAAUUGCAUCAUGUUCUUUUCGUAAAGGGACGGCAUUGGGUUCUUCAAACCAUAUGGAACAUCAAGUUCAUUUUUCUGGAAUUUUAAGCCGAGAUUCAUUGCAGAAUCCUGAUUUCUAUAACUGGAACCGAGUUAAGAUACGCUAUUGCGAUGGUGCAUCUUUUGCUGGACAUCCAGAUAGUGAGUUUAAGAAUGGAACAAAGCUUUUCUUCAGGGGUCAGCUUGUUUGGGAAGCACUUAUGGAUGAGCUCUUAGCAAUGGGAUUGUCUAAUGCAAGACAGGCUCUUCUGUCAGGAUGCUCUGCUGGAGGGCUGGCAACUCUCAUACACUGUGAUGACUUUAGAUAUCUUUUGCCAAAGGAUGCUACUGUCAAGUGUCUUGCUGAUGCUGCUUUUUUCCUUGAUGAGAAAGACAUCGCCGGUCAUCACACAUUGCAAUCUUUCUAUCGCAAUGUUGUCCACCUCCAGGGUGUAGCAAAAAAUUUAAACAAGGAUUGUGUUGCGAAAAUGGAACCAUUUAAGUGUUUCUUUCCUCAAGAAAUUAUUAAAAACAUAAAGACCCCAGUAUUCCUUGUCAACCCGGCUUAUGAUUUUUGGCAGAUACGGAAUGUCUUGGUACCAGAUUCCUCAGAUCCUCGUGGCAACUGGGUACAAUGCAAACUUAAUAUUCGCAACUGUAAUAACAGUGAGACUGAGAUACUCCAAGGUUUCCGUAAUUCUUUGCUAAAAGCACUGAGUGAAUUUCAGCAAAACAAGGAAGGGGGGAUUUUUGUAAACUCUUGCUUUGCUCAUUGCCAGACAUGGAUGGCUGAAACAUGGCAUUCACCCAAUUCUCCUAGGAUUGGCGAUAAGACAAUUGCAGAGUCCGUUGGCGAAUGGUAUUUUAAUCGAGCAGUUAGGCAAAUUGAUUGCCCUUACCCAUGCAAUCCUACCUGCUAGAAUGUGGAUCUUGCUUGAGGUUAGUGAAGGUCAGGACUUCUUAUGCUCUGCUUCUGCCUAUGGUGCCUCCCAAUUCUCAACUUAUUUACCACAAAAAUUUCCCUUUACAUCCCAGCAUCGUUUCAGCAGUUGAAAAUGAUGCAUGAAGCGCUGUUUAUAAUUUCAUACCGUAUAGCUCGGGCUUGGGAAAAUUUUUUGAUGCUCUGUGCGUCAUGGAAUCUCUAGUUUGAAUGAAAAUGGAGCCAUUUGCCUUCAUUGGCGAAGCUGUGGAAUUGAAGAACUCAACAACAUUGUUCUCCUGUUAUCUUCUUGGAUGUUAGGGCUUGCCAUCCACUUUAAGCAUUGGAUUUUUUUUUGUUUUAUUCAUGUGGCGUUUUCUGGACUUGCCAAAUUAAAAUGAGUCAAUUUUUUGUUC